GUUAAAAGUUCAAGAUUUAAAGAUCGCGGAACCUCGAAUAGAGGAUCACGACCACGCCCGACCCGGGACAACAGCCGAGAUGAAGCCUAGAAGGUAUCAUGGCCUAAAACGGCCAAAACUUCGGCAAAGUUGGAACAAAUACAAUCUCUUCAACAUAUGGCGUAUGAGGGACCCGAAGCUCGGAAAAGGCGACCAGGAGACUUUCUUCCAGCAAAAAUGGAAGGCGAAGGGUAUGCUACGAAACUACCACGGUGAACACGUCGUCGAGCGGAAGUGGACGCGCAUGUUCAGCCGCCGUUUGCUAAGCGUCGCCGACAUGGACCCCAAGUAUAUGGCCAAGUAUGAUGGUUCCGAAUUAGCCGCCGGUAGGGGAUCUGGCAAGGACACGCCGCCGAAUUGGUCGAAAGAGGAAGUCGAGAAGCCUAUUCCGACCCCCUACAUGCAGAUGACAUUUGCGCCUAUGGAGAGGAGAUUGGAUAUCGCUGUUUUCAGGGCUAUGUUCGCAAGUAGCGCGAGACAGGCGAGACAAUUCUGUGUCCACGGCGCUGUCAGAGUAAAUGGUAAAGUGAUGCCGUACCCCGCCUACCGUCUUAAUCCCGGCGACAUGUUCCAGGUCGAUCCCGAACGUGUCCUAUACGCGACCGGCAUGCCGAAACCUGAUCCGAACAAGUCAAAGCGCAAGAAAGCUUCGACGGAUGGUGCCGAGGGGGAAUCCGAGGAGCCAGUAGAGGAGGAGGCAGAGGCGGAGGCGGAGGAGGAGGUACAAGCAGCUGCCGAAGGAGAAGUCACCGAGGCCAAAGAGGCAGAGGCGGUAGAGCAAGACCCCGAAACAACCGAUGCGCCAGAGCCGGCUAAGGUAGAUAUGAAGCCGACGCAGAAACAAAUACGGGAGAUAGUUCAACAGGCCAAGACUCUACUAGACGAGGAGGGCGAUCUUGGUGCGCACCAAAAGCAACGACUACGGAAAUUUAUCAAGGACCUACGCCCUCUGACCUCUCGCGCCAGCCGCCCUGAUGCCUCUCCGAAAGAAAUCGCCUCCGAGCUCUCAGAUCUAGUCUCAGGGCUCAAUCUAUCUAGCUCCUCUAGCGAGGACGCCCCGGCCGUAAAGGAACAGUCUUCAUCGACGGACUCUUUCGACGACCUUAGCAAAGCAGAGCUCGAGAAGCUGGAGCGGCGCGUGGCCGAAUACCUGCGCGAGGAGCAGGACAACCCGUAUGACCCUAGCAAGCCGUACAAGACGCCUUGGCGGCCGCGCAAUUACAUGGCACCCUUCGCCUUCAUCCCCAAGUAUCUCGAAGUCAACCACAACAUCUGCGCUGCCGUCUACCUGCGACAUCCCGUCGCAAGGGUCGGCAGCGCCGAGGUCCCCACGCCCUUCCCCGAGCCCGUCAACCAGCUGGCUUUCAACUGGUACCUGAGAAGAAGGUAAAGUGGUAAAAGAAAAAGAAAGGAAAAAAAAAACCGAGGCUCGAAUUGGUCUACGGCCCUGCGGAGAAAGGGUCUAACAUCGGCCUGGUCUAGACCUAGCGCAGACUAUAUGAGACGUAGUCAGCCAGCCAUUAUACCGGCAGAUCUCGAUAACAUGCAUUGUAUAUUAUGAAAGCUUACGACCUAAGGAACUUCUCAACUUAGCUCGUUUGGCUGGCUACUCCGGGGCCGCCACACUGGCGGCCUGGUAGGCGGAGAUCCUUCCUUCUCUGUGCAUAUACCUAUAUAGAGAUAGCAUGUACAAUAUGAUGCGUAUGGUCGCCAGCAAGCCUUGUUGUUUGUCCCCGCUCGACUUCACAGUGGUGCGUAGUAUUAUGUGAUGUAGACCAUUCACAACACCACACACAGGAAGUUAGUCGUGCCGAACAAUUCAAAAUACUCAUUACUAACAAAAUAGGGG